GCUUAGUCCCGCGAACCAAACACGUCUUUCUAACAUUGUGUGAAAUCAUCGAACAUAUGGCACGGUUUGUUCUGGCGGAAUAUUCAGUUUGAAACGUCUGGACUCUCUCGAGGCCCUGUAAAGAGCGGAGUCAUCGCUUGACAUUGAAGAAAGACACAGAAAGAAAGUUCAGCAAAGAGCAUCAAUGACGGAGGAGAAGUUGGCGGUGAUGCAUGAGGAAGAAGAAGAAUCGGAGAUCGCAGCGGAAGCGAAGGAGGCGGAGAACGAUGCGAAGCGGAACAUGAAGGAGCGAAAUGUCUCAUGGGCGAAACUGGGUCACUCCGACUCCCUCAACGUGGAGGCCGGUCGAGUCUCCAUGUCCCACGCCCACUCAUCCAAGGUGAAUUGGCAAAGGACAUUGAGUUUGGCAUUUCAGAGCAUUGGAGUGGUGUAUGGUGACAUAGGGACGUCUCCACUCUACGUGUACUCGAGUACAUUCACGGAGGGAAUUAAGGACACUCACGACAUUAUCGGGGUUCUGUCGCUAAUCAUCUACACGAUUGCCCUUGUCCCCUUGCUUAAGUACGUCUUCAUCGUCCUCUUUGCCAAUGACAAUGGCGACGGAGGGACGUUCGCAUUGUACACGCUGAUAUGUAGGUAUGCAAAGGUGAGUCUGAUACCGAAUCACCAGCCCGAGGAUCGAGAAGUUUCGAACUACGAGCUCGACACUCCAUCAAAGCAGUUGCGACGAACUCAGAAGAUCAAGCAUAUGCUGGAGAACAGCAAGACCGCCCAGAUCGUGCUCUUUCUUGUCACCAUCAUGGGCACUUCCAUGGUCAUCGGCGACGGUGUUCUCACUCCAUCCAUUUCAGUUCUUUCAGCAGUGAGCGGGAUCAAGUCACUGGGCAAAGAUGCGGUGGUGGUGAUAUCGGUGGUGAUCCUGAUACUCCUUUUCUUCGUCCAGAGGUUCGGGACGGACCGGGUUGGGUUCUCAUUUGCGCCCAUCAUUUUUGUCUGGUUCACAUUCAUUAUCGGGAUCGGGGUCUUCAACCUGUUCAAGUACGACAUCAGUGUGUUGCGUGCCUUCAACCCUAAGUACAUCGUCGACUAUUUCAACCGCAACGGCAAGCAAGCCUGGGUCUCGCUCGGCGGCAUCUUCCUUUGCAUUACAGGAACUGAGGCCAUGUUUGCUGAUCUGGGUCAUUUCAAUGUUCGAGCAAUCCAAAUCAGCUUCUCUUGCCUCAUAUUUCCUGCACUUCUGAUCGCAUAUAGUGGACAAGCAGCUUAUCUCAUGAAGCACCCUGGCAAUGUUGCCAACACUUUCUAUGACUCAAUCCCUGGACCAUUGUACUGGCCGAUGUUUGUGGUGGCUGUCGCCGCGGCGAUCAUUGCCAGCCAGGCAAUGAUCUCAGGGACGUUCGCCAUCAUCUCGCAGUCUCUGACCUUGGGCUGUUUCCCGAGGGUCAAGGUGGUUCACACGUCGGCCAAGUACGAGGGCCAGGUUUACAUACCGGAGGUGAACUACAUGCUCAUGUUCGCCUGCGUAAUGGUCACCGCCUGCUUCCAGACACCCACCAACAUUGGCAACGCAUACGGAAUUGCUGUGGUGAGCGUCAUGGUGAUCACAACUUGCAUGGUCACUCUCAUCAUGGUUGUGAUAUGGAAGACGAGCAUAUGGUGGAUAGUGCUCUUCUUCACCAUCUUCGGCUCGAUUGAAUUGUUCUAUCUCUCGUCAGUCUUCUACAAGUUCAGAGAGGGCGGUUUCCUGUCACUCGUGUUUGCAGCCGUCCUUAUGACAGUCAUGAUAAUAUGGCAAUACGUCCACAAGCAACGGUACAUGUACGAGCUCAAGAACAAGGUCUCAACGGAGUUCAUCAGAGAUCUUGCCGCAAACCCAAGCAUCAACCGGGUCCCCGGGAUCGCCCUCCUCUACUCUGAGCUCGUGCAGGGCAUUCCUCCUAUACUGUCGCAUUUUGUGGCUAAUAUAUCGUCAAUCCACUCUGUUCUAGUCGUUGUCUCAAUCAAGAACCUCCCAAUCAGCAAGGUUGAGCUGGAGGAGCGAUUCUUGUUCAGGCAGGUCGAACCGAGGAGUAUCAGGAUGUUCCGCUGCGUCGUGCGGUACGGAUACAAGGACAAGAGAGAGGAGCCACAUGAGUUUGAGCGCCAAUUGGUGGACAACUUGAAGGAAUUCAUCCGGCAUGAGUAUUUCUUCCUCGAGGCCAAGAGCCAUGAUGACAACCGCAAGGAUGAGACAGCAAUCCUAGAGGCAGAAGAGGAGAUGCAAAUCGUGCAGCAAGCAAUGGAGAUGGGCACAGUGUACCUCCUCGGGGAAGCCGAGGUGGUCGCCGAGCCGAACUCAUCCUUGUGCAAGAAGAUCAUCAUCGACUACGCCUACAGUUUUCUCAGGAAAAAUUUCAGGCAAGGCGAGAAAAUCAUGGCGAUCCCAAGGAAUAAGCUUCUGAGGGUUGGCAUGACAUAUGAGAUAUGAAUGACAAGAGAACACUACUUGCGGUCAAAUGAGAGAGAGAGAGAGAGUCAAAAAGGCUUGACAUCAGUUAAGUACUAAUGUUGUAUGUCAAAAAGAUCUUGUACAAAGGCCAUAUUGACUCAUACAUGAUGUGUCUCUCCUUCUUCUUUCGCUGGUUUGAAGGCUGCAGAGUAUGGAUGGUAUGCUAUAGAUUUACAGAUACAUCAUAAGACACCUAAAAAGAAUCUCCUCGUCUCUUUUCUUCUCUUCA